AUGACAGGCGAAAUAUUAUCUACUGCGCCACCACGAGAUGUUGUGACCACGCGGUCAUCGAACAGCUCAGAAAUCUUCAGUGACCUUCCUAAGUGCCUCAUCGCUAACAGAGUCGAAAAAGGAAUCAAAGCUGAGAGAGCAGUGAUGAAAAUUUCUGAGGAUGAAUUCGAAGAGAGAAAUGAAAUACCAGAUAAAUAA